CCCUGUGGGACUCUUCUCAUGACGUACCAGCCCGGAUCAAAUCUGAUUGUGUUCCCAUUUGAUGAGAAAUAUUCAGAUAUAUAAAACGAGGCGAGGGGAGAGGCCGGUCAGAAGAGACGUCAGCCGCUGGAAAAGAGCCGAGGAGGAUUCUUCACACAAGUUUGGAAGCUAUUUUGACUUUGCAGGGUUUCAGCACCGCGGACAGCCCUCCUCUUCACAGAGCAAACCCAGCACAUGUUUAAAGCGAUGUUACAGAGGAACGGCUCUCAGCUUCUUCUCCUCAUAGCCCUGUGUAGCAUCUUCUACUCGCGGACUUUAAGUUUACCCUAUUCCUCAAUGAGAGCCGCGCGACACGCGGACGGCUUGUUCACCAGUGGAUACAGUAAACUGCUGGGUCAGCUGUCCGCCAGGCGCUACCUGGAGUCGCUGAUCGGGAAGAGAGUCAGCAAUGAUCUGAUGGAAGACCAGAUGCCAGUGAAGCGCCAUUCAGAUGCAAUAUUCACAGAUAAUUACAGUCGCUUCCGCAAACAAAUGGCCGUGAAGAAGUAUCUGAACUCCGUCUUAACAGGAAAGAGAAGUCUAGAAGACCCUCCAAGUGAACAGGAAGAAUCAACCGGAGGAGAGACCACCUAUCGGGAGAGCUAUGAUGACAUCACUGUAAACGAGCUCCUAAAUCAUAUACCAUUGCCACUCUGAGGAUGACCGACCGUCUGAUAAGAGAACACAAUUACCAGUGACGGUCAUAGACAUUCCAUAUACAGAGUAUAGAAAUGGAUCAGCAUUUAAUUCAAACAAUGUGUCUCAACAUAACAAAAAUAAAUGAGAUGUGAUAACCUAUAAAGUAAAUGUUUACGUUGUAUAUAGCAAGUACUGUUUAAUGAGAGAUGCUGGCCUCACAGUAUAUACGUAGAUACAGUCUUGGGCAAAUGUUUGGGCUCCUCUAAAUAUGCCUUCGCUCCACAUUUCUGCACAUUUUAAAGUGCUGUUUGUUAGCUUAAUUUAACAUAUUUGGUGUACAAUAAAUAAAUGUGAAAUGGGGUAUGUAACAAAAAUGAAGGCACAUUUACCAUGUUACAUUUGAUUCUUUCCAGUAUAUUAAAUUUGGCGAAUAAGUAUAAUCUGUUGUGUUAGAAAUAGUUGAAAAAAUGCCAUAUAUAAGUCAUGUCAUGUUAUUGCACCUGGGGUGCCCAAAUCUGCCCAAAAAUGUAUGUAUAUAGAGUUUUGCCCU